AAAGAGAAAGCUUGUGGUAACACAUCAGUCAUACAGCGGCGUCUACCGAGGGCGGACUUCUCUGUUUGUUUUUUUAAGCGUGAAUUGAUUCUGUUUUACCGACUGAUGGAAAAAACCUCCUGCUAGGGUCCACCUAGCGCCAUGUCCUUAACAAGCCCGCGAACUACCGUGAGAUAACCAUUAAUUGGACCUUUACGGAGGAAAUACGCAGAAACCUCCUCUAGUGAUGGCAUUUCUCCAUCAGCUGAGACUCCUUCUCUGGAAGAAUGGACUGGCAGUCAUCAGACAGCCGUUAUGGUCCCUGACUCUGAUCACCUGGCCUCUGGUCAUCUUCAUCAUCAUCGCUAUUACCCGACACCAGUUCCCCCCAAUCGUAAAGCAAACAUGUUUUGUGGGACCCCGAAACCUUCCCAGCACAGGCUUCUUCCCCUUCCUGGAGACUCUCAUGUGCAACACGGACAGCAACUGUCACAACACAUCACGUCUUGUCGACCCAGCUGCAUCAAAGUCAAGUCAGAAAUCCACAUGGAGUAAAAGUUUCCCACCAGCACACCUGAUGAACAAGGGAGAAUUCUUCAACUUUGAUUCCACUUUUGAUCCAAAAGGUGCUACUGCUGCUGUGGUUGAGGUCUUGAGCAACAUUGUGGGUUCGUCUCGCAAAGGAAGAGAGAAGAAAGCCACUUUCAUGAACAUCAAUGAGACUCUUCUGGACCAUAAUGAGACUUUACACACAAUGCUGGAGUCAGCAAACAUGCUGAAGAGAGCCAUGUGCGCCGUGACGCUCCCCAUGAUAAACGUGGCAUCAAGCCCCCUUUCUUUUGCCGUUGUCACUUUCUGCAAGUCCAAUGAAACUGUGUUUGAAGUGUCACUCAACACACUCAACCAGAUACUGAUGGAUCUGAUGCUGAGUAAACCAGAUGAGAUGGCAACAUAUGCUGGGAUGGCCGUUGUGCUCUUUGAUCAACUGCAGAAUCAGACAUCGCUGUGGGAAAGCCUUUUAGUUCUUCCUCAGCUCUUCUCAUCUGGUUCUAUUGACCAAGCACUACACAGCACAGAGACCCUACUCGCCAACAUACAGGGUGCCAUGCACGCCAUCCAGAGCAAAUAUCCAGAAGCAGAUGCCCCACUUUCUGUUGUGAAGCUGAUGCUCGUAGUUGGCCUCAAAACCAUCCACUAUGCUCAAAAUUGGCCGGGAAAAGAGGUGUCCAUUCAUCUGGGAGAGAUUGUCAAGUUGCAGAAUGACUCACUAAGUGAAAUGGUGAAACAAGUUCUACAGGAGGUUGAAAUACCACUCGACAAGGCCAUUGCCCUCACCAUGGACAGUGACAUGUUGCAUGAGCAUGUGUGCAACAACAGCGCUAACUCAUUGUGGCUAAAAGCAGCGUGCAGUACUGGCACUGUGCAUAUGCUUCUUGGCUGGAUCGAUUCUGACAAGGCAGCAAAGCAGGUUCUCCUGGCAUGGAGUAAGCAUGUUGCUCCGCGUGACAUUCACUUUGCCAAAUGGCUGCUGCAGUCUCUGAUGGAAGGAUCUAUCCAAGGAGAACCGCAUAGCUCCCAAACCCCAAGGACCCGGCGUAGCAUAGAAACACAGCCACAAAACAUUGAGGAGGAGCUGUUUUUGGAAGUUGGUGAAGUGAUACUGGAGAUCAUACAAUUGGUGCCUGAGGUGGACAUGCUGGUCCAUAGCAUGCUUAGAUCUGGCUUCCAGUCCAUGAAAAUAGCAACACUGACCCUUGAAAUUGUUGACGAAAUAAUGUCCAGUGUCCUGAAAGAUGCGGAUCAACUCCAACAAACCUAUCUAACAUUGCUGACAAACCAGUCCGAGGCAAGCCUGUGGUUAGGUCACGUCGUGGACAGUGUAAAGGAGGCGAUCAUGAAGAUUACGGCAUCUGAGCCUCCAACAUGUGAGGAUGUGUUUGGUACCUUCGAGUGGCUCUUCAACACGGAAUCUGUAACAGUGGAGGUGUGGAGGUCAAUGAUCUGCGAGAGCGGCUCCAACCUAGAACAGGUUCUACUGUUGGGCCUGAUGCCACUUGUUGAAUCAGCACAAGACUUUAACAGCACCCUCAUGGGCAACGCAGACUACAAUGUAACACUUCCCAUGAUUCUCUCUGAGUGGCAAAAAUUGAACAACAACAGCAUGCAAUUUGGAAUGUUUGUGGACAGGUCCACAGAGGAGCUGGGUGGAGCAUACUGGGCGAACUGGAUGCCUGACAACAGCACUCAUGAUGUGACUUGGAGUCUUCAACAAAGUGUUUUUUUGGUUCUGGUGAAUGUGGGAGGACAUAUUGAAAAGAGUCAGCUAUGGCACCAGGCAAAGGACUAUUUCUACAUGGUUAACUGGGUCUUGAACUACAGGCCGGAUCACCAGGUCACUACUCAGCCACCAAACUGUUCUGUGGACAUCUCCAGCUCCACCAUUAAUUGUAACACUGAAACUGGUUUUAACUGGCCGCAGUUUGUUACAUCAAUGACUCAGACACUGAUGUCACCAAACCAAGACAUCCUGGUGAAUUUUCUCAAAGGAACUGUGAAUCUGUUGCAACAUGUGUACAGUGACAUCCUAAAGUCUGUGGUUGGAUCAUUUUUGAAAGAAAAUAUCCAAACUGGUGAUGCACUCUCUGACUUCCUGAUUAACAUGGUGCAUAACCUGCAAAACUUUGUCAAGAAGAUCACCAUGCUUCCUGAUGAAAACAUCGCUGACUCUGACAUCAUGGAUCCCCUUGUCAGUAACUUGUUACAGUCCACUGGUCUGACCCAUCUGCUGCCUCUGCUCUACAACGAUGGUCCCAUCAAUGUCUCUACAGUGCUCGGUGUUGCAACCAAACUUAUUAGACAAAACCAGAAAAUUUUUACCUUCAAUGAGACAGAUCCAACCAUGCAUCAACUGGAGCGAUUGAUAAUGCAGUUUCUCUCCAUUGAGGGUAACCUCACCAUGUCCCUCUCCAACCUCAUCGGACACAAAGUGGUAACCUAUGCAGGCUACUUCCACCCUGAUGAUGUAGCACAUUUUAUCGAAGCCAUCCGACCUUUCAUCAACCAGACCUCACCAGGCAUUGUAGAGACCAUCCUCAGAGCCAUGGAGCUUCUGAAGACAGUGACAGAAUCUCCAAACGGUGACCCAACAAACAGUAUUCUUGGGUACAUACGCCAGCUUCAAGAUUUCAUCAUCUCUCUGUUUAGAUUGAGAAGAGUCCAACAUUCUCUGUUACCAAAUGGGGAGCUGAGUGCAGCACAAGUCACAGACCUUUACCUCAUUUCCAAGGACUUUGUCAAACUCCUCACCCCAGAGGGCCUUCAGGGCCUGAUUGAUGCAGGACCAGAUGGUGCGCAGGACAUCAUUGCACAGAAACUUAUUGCAUUUCUACCAGCUGAGGUCCAUCAGGAUGCUGAUCUCUUUUUCCAGGAUUUCAAAGCUCUUCAGUGUCAUUUAGCCAAAUGUACAGCAGGUCAUGACUGUUUGAAUGGAAUCUCAGAAAUCUUCAAGUUCCUGAAUCAGACACUAGACAUGGUGCUUUUGGCCAACGGUGAUGUCAACAUCCAAAUAGCCUUGCCUAACCUUUUCCCGAUUGACCAGGAAUAUGAGGAAAUCGUGUCCAUAAUGUUCCCACUCCUUCUGUCCUCAAAUGAUGCUGCCUAUAUAGAAACAUUCAAUCAGGCCCUUUACUUUAUCACACUGGUCAUGGCUACACCAAAUAUUACCAUCUCUGAUGUCCAGAAUGCCCUGCAGCAGUCAAACCUUACUCUUGAGGAGUUGAACAAUAUGGUUUCACUAUUUGGAGCUGCCAACAUCAAUGACCUAAUGUCAAAAGUAUUGGAUGUUAUCAAUUCUCAGAAGUGUUUUGAACCCCAGGACAACCAGAUGGUGACAGCCCAAUGUGUUAUGGGAUUUGUUAACAGUGUCAGUGGUUUCCUAACACACCUGCCUGUUCUCCAAAAUGAGACUGCCGUCCUCUCCCUGAUCCCAUUAAUCGUCAAUAAUACCAUCAGGGAUGUCAUCCAUUUUGACUUUAGCUCCGAUCCUAACAAAGCUGUCCUACACACCCUAAACACAACACUGGCCAACAUCAAGAUGGGCCUCCAGCUAAACCACUUGAACACUCCGGAGAUCAUGAAAGAAAUCACAGUACUGGAAGAUCUGAUAAAACUUGCCGCUAACCAAGAACCAUUCACCAACAUUUUUAACAGCACAUUGACUGAUAACCCAAUGCAUGCUCAGAAAGUCUAUCUGGAAAUUGUGGAUUGGUACUUGCAAAGGUUGGAAAAUAUCACCAGGCACAGCUCACUGUCAGAACUUCUCCAUCCAAUCUUCUACCUCACACAAAUGCAAGUGACCCUGCAGCUGGCACAGACAGACUUUACUCUGUUUGUGAGCAACCAGAUUGAGCAUCUAAUGGACAUCAUCCAGCACCCAAUAGAUGGUGCAGGGGUGGUUAAAAUUGGCCAAACAGUGGUUGAUAUGUUCCAUCGUCUAUUCAAACUCAUAAAGGCUAACCUAGAGUUUCAGAAUAACCUCCCAGGUAUGGAGCCAUUUUUCGACACAACUGUUCUGCAUGCUGCUGAGCUUCACAUUAAGCAAUACCUCGACAUCACACAGAAGUGGAUUGAGCAGCCCAAUUUCCCAUUUGUUCUCACUAGCAUGCUUCUGUCACAAAACUCCUCCAUCAGUCCUCUAAAGUGCUUUGAGCCUCAACAAAACCAGAUAGUGACAGCCCAGUGUGUUAAUGGAUUGAUAAACGGGGUCAGCAGUUUCCUUUCAAACCUGCCUGUGCUCCAAAAUGAGACAGCCUUUCUCUCUCUUCUACCAAUAAUCGUCAAUAAUACAAUCCAAGAUGUCAUCCAUGUUGACUUCAGCUCCAAUCCUGACACAGCUGUCAUACACGUUCUUAACACAACACUGGCCAACAUCAAGAUGGGCCUCCAGGUAAACCACUUGAACACUCCUGAAAUCAUGAAAGAAAUCACAGUACUGGAAGAUCUGAUCAAACUUGCUGGUAACCAGGAACCACUUAACAACAUUUUUAACAGCACAUUGACUGAAAACCCAAUGUAUGCUCAGAAAGUGUAUCUGGAGAUGUUGGAUUGGUACUUGAAAAGAGUGGAAAAUAUCACCAGGCACAGCUCACUGUCAGAACUCCUACAUCCAAUCCUUUAUGUCACACAAAGGCAAGUGACCCUGCAGCUGGCACAGACAGACUUUACUCUGUUUGUGAGCAACCAGAUUGAGCAUCUAAUGGACAUCAUCCAGCACCCAAUAGAUGGUGCAGGGGUGGUUAAAAUUGGCCAAACAGCAGUUGAUAUGUUCCAUCGUCUAUUCAAACUCAUAAAGGCUAACCUAGAGUUUCAGAAUAACCUCCCAGGUAUGGAGCCAUUUUUCAACACAACUGUUCUGCAUGCUGCUGAGCUUGAAAUUAAACAAUACCUCGACAUCACACAGAAGUGGAUGAAUCAACCAGAUGUCCCAUUGAUCCUCACUAGCAUGCUCCAAUGGGGAAACCCCAACAUAACAGCCUCCAUCACUUUGACCGACCUCCACCACCUGCUGCAGACAAUGGCUCAUUUUUUAAACACUGAACAAUUGGGCUACCUUUCCAUCAUCAGCAAUAUCACUGAGUCCCUGAAAAAUGCCCUACUGGUGGCAGAGCAACCAGGUGGCAUUCAAAGUGACUACUUCAUAGCAGCCAUCUUGGAAGUAGUCCAAAGUUCUAUGCAGAUCCUGAGCGCAACCACCAAUGGCCCACUCCCAUACAUUGAGCAAAACAUCCUGGAAAUUGUGAAACACUCACUUAAGCUCAUUGUCCAACCAGACAUGAAUUUUGAUUCCUCACGUUUAGUCUCCAUCCAAAUCCUCAAGAAUGUUGAGAAUGUCAUCGAAACGAUAUUACCAGAAAUAUCAGAAUACCUACUACCUGGAAUCAAAGUAGCAACCACAUAUUUUGAGAGCAGCCUCAUGGCCAGUGGACCAGACGGCUGGAAUCACAUAAUUUUGAACGAGCUGAUUACAGUCCAGAGCCUCCUGCCGCCAAACAGCACUGCCCAGGCUUACGUUUCAACCCUCAUCAACAUCACUCACUUCUUCCUCGAGUCUGGCCAAGGCAACAUGAGUCUCUGGGCAAUGUUUGAGAAUGCAUCAGCAGAAAAUGUGCCCAUGAUUAUUGGAAAGAUGGGGAAAUUCCUGGGCAUGCUUUGGUCAAUCAUCAUGGGAGGUCCAGCCUCACAUGUAACUGUUUCAUCUCUUGAGGGCUUUGCUAAGCUAGCCCCAAUACUGGAGCAGAUGAUAACUGGAAUGGCGGACCAAGUCACGUGGGACAAACUUGAAAACACUGAACAAUUGGGCUACCUUUCCAUCAUCAGCAAAAUCACUGAGUCCCUGAAAAAUGCCCUACUGGUGGCAGAGCAACCAGGUGGCAUUCAAAGUGACUACUUCAUAGCAGCCAUCUUGGAAGCAGUCCAAAGUUCUAUGCAGAUCCUGAGUGCAACCACCAAUGGCACACUCCUAUACAUCGAGCAGAACAUCCUGGAAAUUGUGAAUAACUCACUUAAGCUCAUUGUCCAACCAGACAUGAAUUUUGAUUCCUCACGUUUAGUCUCCAUCCAAAUCCUCAAGAAUGUUGAGAAUGUCAUCGAAACGAUAUUACCAGAAAUAUCAGAAUACCUACUACCUGGAAUCAAAGUAGCAACCACAUAUUUUGAGAGCAGCCUCAUGGCCAGUGGACCAGACGGCUGGAAUCACAUAAUUUUGAACGAGCUGAUUACAGUCCAGAGCCUCCUGCCGCCAAACAGCACUGCCCAGGCUUACGUUUCAACCCUCAUCAACAUCACUCACUUCUUCCUCGAGUCUGGCCAAGGCAACAUGAGUCUCUGGGCAAUGUUUGAGAAUGCAUCAGCAGAAAAUGUGCCCAUGAUUAUUGGAAAGAUGGGGAAAUUCCUGGGCAUGCUUUGGUCAAUCAUCAUGGGAGGUCCAGCCUCACAUGUAACUGUUUCAUCUCUUGAGGGCUUUGCUAAGCUAGCCCCAAUACUGGAGCAGGUGAUAACUGGAAAGGCGGACCAAGUCACGUGGGACAAACUUGAAAACAUAUUAGAAGCCCUACUGUCACUCCUUGAAGGAACAGAGCUGUGGGAGAGUGUCUCAUCUGUUGUCCCCCUCUUUGAGAAAAUCGUAGGAAGUUUGGUGAACAACUUGCAUGCAGAAAAUGUGAUGAGACUUAGCCUUCAGAAGCCCAUGGUGACCCUGAUGAAAGAAAUUGCACAAUCUGUGAACAGCAGUCACUUUAACCUAACUGAAGUCACAGAAAGAAUGCAGGUUGCCAUUGAACACACGGUGCAGGCGGCUCAGCAGGCUAAUAGCACAUUGGAGUGCAGUGAUGUUCUCAAAGCAUGGGAUCCUGUAAGAGAGGCAGCGGGGUUAAGCCACGCAACCAUGGCUAUGUGGUGUAACCUCAACCUGCGGCCUGUUCUAGAAGCCUACAUGGAAGCCCAAGUUGUCUACGGCAACCUGAAUAUGAGUCACAUGAAUAUGGGACCAAUGACAGUGGAUACCACAGCUGAAAGGAUUGUCGAGACUUUACAAUCGGUCUACCAAGUCAGCUUGAACCGCACACAUGUGGCACAGACACUUAUCAUGACUUUCUCGAGCCACCUCUCCAUGCUGACAGGACAGCCUCUGAGCCCUGAGGCGCAGCUUCACUGGCAAAAGCAGCUCCAGGAUUUGCAGCUGCUAAACAGUUUGUCUUCGCUCAAGAUGCUCACAGACCAGCUCCUAAUGGUGGCCCCAUCCCUUCAGCCUUUCAUCGAAGCUUUAGAGAAAGCACUACAUCACAUCCUGGACAACUACCAUCAAAUUCAAGACAGCAGUUCAUCUGAGGACAUCUUCAAAGAAGCAGUCAUGAUAUUCCUAAAUAAUUCAAACAUUACAUCAGAGGACAUCUCCUCCAUGAUGCUGGGAAACCUUUCUGAUAUCGAUGUAGCUUCUCUAACUGACAUGAUGAGGCAAGCUGUCAAAUUUUUGAUGAAGAUGUUUGAGGAUGUGCCUGUGGUUUACCAAGGCUUGGAGCAUUUUCUGGCUUCUAAUGACACCGACUUGCUGGUGCAGAAGGUGGCCGAGAUGGUUGCAUGGUUGGCCUCCACUGAGGAGUAUGGAUUGGAUAUGCUGACGGAGGCUCUGGCUGAAAUCUUCCACAUCCUAAGGCCUCUCUUGUCUGCUCUUACCAACAUGAUUAUGGACAUGCCAGCACACAUGGGGCUGUUUGAAGACCUCGCUGAUAACAUUGUAGCAAUGGUGAGGCAGAUAGUGAUGACUGGUGGUCUUCUGGGCCCGAAGAACUUCCAUCAUGGCAAGUUUCAGCAGGACAUGACAGGUCUUAACCAUACGAAUGGGGUCCGACGCAAACGGGACGCCCAAUGGAUGCCAGUGAGGAGUCCCAUGGAUGACUUCAUUGACCUUUUCUACAUUGACUACCAUACCAUGUUCAAAGCCCUCUCAGUCCUCCCGACCACAGAAGACAUAAUGGAAACAGUCCACGUUUUCUUUGCAAAUCCUGAUCUAGGUGUUGUGAUAAAGGGAGUUACCAGCGACAUGUCCUGGAACUUGAAUGUUUCUCAGGAAAACACCAUAGACGCUACUAUGGGGAUGCUUUCCUUUUUCACUCUCCCUGGCAUGUUUGAGACGUCAUCAAUGGAACUCCUGCAGAACUCUGCUGAUAUGAUUCCCGAUCACUUUCUGUUCGCCACGAUGCUUCAGAAAAUCAGCAAAGCGCUUGCCAGUGAAUCUCCAGAGAACCUGCUCCUCAUGGAAAAUACCUUCAAAAUCGCUUCUGAGCUUCUCCAGAUCGACCUGACAGACUCCAGAUUCAUAGAGAAACUAGACAACUUGACUGCCCAGGUGUGCUCUGUGGAGAAAACAGAAACUGUGCGCAUGCUGAUGUCGACCUUAGCCAUAGAGCCUGGUCAGCUGUGUUACACCUUGAUGCCCGCCCUACAGAUCGUGGCGAAGAGCCUCAUGAUGAACUCGACCUCUCUGUCUGAAGCACUAUUUGAGGCCGUUAUCGGAGAUCCAAGCACCUAUGAUGUCAAUUUCAACUGGACCUCUGUGAUGAGUGAGGGUUUGAACUUUAACACCAGCAGCCUGAACUCCCUCAACAUUAACAUCAAACGUCUAGAAGAGGCGACGGUCGGCGAGAUGAUGAGGAAUGAAGCAGCCUUUGUCGAGGAUGUUCAGCAAUACAUGGAUUUUGACCCUGCUGCUCUCCAGCUCCUAAUGAACACAACUCUACCAAACAAUUACUUAAUGAUCCUCUCCUGGUUGGUCAAUCUGCGUCACUGCAACUCCAAAUCAUUCGCAACACUGGACGAGGCAGACGUGAAACUGUUAGAGAUGUUCUGCUCCAUGCCUGUUGAUCAGUGGUACAGCUUCUCACUGCUGAUUGCCCGCCAUGUUAACAUGGAGAAACUCAUCUACAGAAUGGUGUUGUCUGACGAAAUGCAAGGUCUGGUGGGAGUUAUGCUUCAGAUGGCUGAAAUUGUGAUGAGCAUGAUGGACAAGAUUCUUCCCGCUGUUGGUCAGCUGGAAAAUUACCUACGCUCUAUGGAAGACCUCAAGUUGAAGGAAAAUGAAGAAUUUCAUGAAAUGACGAGAGGAUUAAGGUCUAGCCACUCUACCAAAGCUACAUUCGUCACCCUGUCUCGAGCAUUGUGCAGCAACGGCAUCCUGGCUCUGUUUGGACUCUCUCAACUCCAGCUCACAUCAGACUUAUCCAACCCAUCCUCUCAAGAAGACCAGAAGAGAGAGGAGAUGAUUGAGAGAUUCAAACUUCCAAGAAAUGCCUCUCCGUUCUGUAUGAGCAUGUACCUGGACAUGGUGAAUACCACCGGAGGAGCCAUCGCCUGGGCCUUCCUCAAACCGAUGCUGAUGGGACAAAUUCUGUUCACUCCUGACACCCCCGUCACCAGGGACAUCAUGGAAAAGUCCAAUGCCACCUUGCAGGAGCUCGCAGACCUGAGAAAGUACUCCGGAGAAUGGAUCGAAUCCUCCAAAUACAUCAUAAAGUCUGCACAACUACUCAGCCACACUUUGCCGAUGCUGCAGAAUUCCCUGGGCAAUUCCUUUGUGAAGAAUUUCAUUGAGAUGCAGACAGACAUCAAUGUCGGCAAAAUGAAGGAGACGCUCAGCAACUUCUCGAACAUGACACUCAUGCUGGAAAAGAACAAACACAUGCUUAAACAGAUCACCACCUUGUCCACCCUGAUGGUCAACCUCUCCUCCUGUGUCAAAUUCGACCGUUACCGCGGCUACAACUCAGUCGAGGAGCUCAAUGCUGAUGGACAGGAACUUGCCAAAAACCGUGAGCUCUAUGCAAGUGUCAUCUUCAAGCUUCCCAAAGACAGCAACUCAUCCAGAAAGCGCAGAGAGGCCUCCUUCACAUCCUCCCUGCCUCCCAAAGUCAGCUACACCAUCCGCAUGCAUAUGGACAACGUCAUGCGUACUGACAGAGUUCGGAACCCCUAUUUCACAAAGCAAACGCACAUCUCAGCAAGACAAACCCUGCGCUACAACCGUGGCUUCGUCUAUCUGCAAGAGAACAUCGAUCGAGCCAUCAUUGCGACCCAAACCGGACAGACGGUGGCAGAACCAGCGGUCCAGCUGCAGCCCUUCCCCUAUCCCUGCCACCUCCGGGAUGAGUACCUCGAGGCCAUCUCUUUUGUCUUCCCGCUGAUGCUGAUGAUAGCCUGGCUGCUGUUUGUGGCCGAUUUCGUGAAGAAACUGGUGCACGAGAGAGAGUUGAGGCUACAUGAGUACAUGAAAAUGAUGGGAGUCAACCCGCUCAGCCACUUCUUCGCCUGGUUCCUAGAAUGUGCCACCUACCUGGUGUUGACCAUCUUCAUCCUCACGCUGGUCCUGAAGCACGGCAACAUCCUGCCCAACAGCGACGGUUUUCUCCUGUUUUUGUACCUCUGCGACUACGGCUUGAGCAUCAUGGCCUUCAGUUACCUCGUCAGCUCCUUCUUCGACAAGACCUUUAUCGCCGGCCUGAGCGGCAGCCUUCUGUACAUCCUCUGCUUCUUCCCCUUCAUCGUGGUCAGGGCGGUGGAGACGACGCUCACCUUGACACAGAAGAGCAUCCUGAGUUUGUUUUCCCCGACCUGUUUCAGUUAUGCCAGUCAGUACAUCUCUCGCUAUGAAUCACAAGGACAAGGCAUUCACUGGAGCAACUCCUACAGCUCGCCCAUUGCUGGAGACACAGCCUCGUUCGGUUGGCUGUGCUGGCUGAUGCUCAUCGACUCCCUCCUCUAUUUCAUCAUUGGGGCUUACAUCCGCACGGUCUUCCCAGGAAAGUAUGGCAUCCCUGCCCCGUGGUACUUCCCUUUCAAAGCUUCCUUCUGGGCCGAACUGUGCGGUUGUGUUAAGUCGAACAAUAAGGCACGCAGAGGACUCCUCUUCACCAACAUCAUGCAGGAAAAGCAGCCUGUUUUCUCUGACGACAAGGGAAAAGGCCAGAGUACACUGUACUCCCAGGCUGCCGAGGAUCACUCAGAUCUCCCAGUGGGUGUUGCCCUCCACGGUCUCAGCAAGAUGUAUGGCGACCGAGUAGCCAUUCAAGACCUUAAUGUUUCUUUCUAUGAGGGCCACGUCACCACCCUGCUUGGUCACAAUGGAGCGGGCAAGACCACCACAAUGUCGCUCUUGACCGGCCUUUUUGCCCCAACUUCGGGCACCAUUGAAAUCUACGGCAGAGACAUGCAGAACAACAUCGAUGACGUCCGCAGAGAGCUAGGAGUGUGCAUGCAAUACGAUGUCCUAUUUGACCACAUGACCACCAAGGAGCACCUGCUGCUGUACGGCCAGAUCAAGGCCCCACACUGGUCUAAAGGGGAACUGCAUGAACAAGUCCGCACGAUCCUGGAGGAGACAGGCAUGUACGCUCACAGACAUAAGCGGGUGGGCACCCUGUCAGGCGGCAUGAAGCGCAAGCUGUCAAUCUCCAUCGCCUUCAUAGGGGGCUCCCGCUUGGUGGUUCUGGAUGAACCCACCACAGGAGUCGAUCCCUGCUCCAGGCGCAGCAUCUGGGACAUUGUUAUCCAGCACAAGAAACAACGCACCAUCAUCAUGUCAACGCACCACCUGGACGAGGCUGAAGUUCUGAGCGACCGCAUCACCUUCCUCGAGCGAGGAGGAUUAAAAUGCGUCGGAUCCCCUUUCCACCUGAAAGACAAGCUGGGUCAAGGCUACAAACUCACACUCACAAAGAAGAUGCAGAACCUAGAAUCGGAGCAGAUCGACAAUGUAGAACUGAAAUCCUUCAUCCAAGCUCAUGUACCUGAAGCCCGACUUAAGGAGGCCCAGGGAGGUGACCUGGUGUACUCACUGCCUGCCUUCAACUCAUCCAACGCCUCCUCAUACCGCUCCCUCCUGACCGCUCUGGACGCCAACCUGGACACCCUGCAGCUCGGAGGAUACGGAAUCUCUGACACCACCCUAGAAGAGGUCUUCCUCCAAUUGGGACAUGAAAACACAGAGCUUGGGGAUGAGGACUGCCUCCCAACGAUCUCAGAGACAGUUUCUGACACUGCGUCCAUGGACAGCUUCACGUCAGACCUGGGUGGAAGCACCUCCAGCUUCAGCGACAACAUCAAGCUGACAGGUUCCACAAUGGCGCGCGGCAUGACGCUGGCCUGCCAGCAGAUGGCAGCCAUGCUGACAAAGAGGUUCCAUCACAGCCGCAGAGACUGGAAAGGCCUGAUCUGCCAGAUCCUGCUCCCUGUUCUGUUCAUGGUGGCUGCUAUGGGCCUGGGCUCCAUCAAGAGCGACCUGCAGCACUAUCCCGAGCUGGAGCUAAGCCCAGCGCUAUACAAAUUCAGACCAAGCUACUCCUUCUUCAGUAACUCCGAUCCCAACUCUGAGCAGCUGAUAAGCACCAUGAUGUCAUUCCCUGGAAUCGAUAACGCCUGCCUCAACAAGCCAAAUAACCCGGUCUGCUCGAGAAGUACAGAUCCCUGGAGAUCCAGUGGGAACAGCUCCAAAGCAUUUAGUGGCUGUAAAUGCACCCGCCAGGAACAGAUAUGUGACAGUGAAAGCUACCAGCCCCCCCACAAAAGGACCCCUUCAUCUCAGAUUGUGUAUAACCUGAGCGGCAUCAAUGUGGAAGAAUACCUGGUGACAACAGCAAAUGACUUCAUCAGGAACAGAUAUGGUGGAUUUGCUUUGGGUAUGCCACUCCCCGCUGACUUACAAAUGGACGUUAAAUCUGUGCCCAAAAAUCGCACUCUGUCUAAGGUCUGGUUCAACCCUGAGGGCCACCACACAAUGCCAGCAUACUUAAACAGCAUCAACAACUUCAUCCUACGCUCCAAUCUCCCAGCAGAUAAGGAUCCACGCAAAUAUGCCAUUUCAGUUUCCAGUCACCCCUAUUUUGGUCGGGUGGAUGAUGAAGACGCAAUUGUCCAGGGAAUGCUUCAGAUCCUAGUGGCUAUGUGUGUUUUGACGGGUUAUUCCAUCACGACAGCUAGCUUUGCCAUCUAUGUUGUCAACGAGCACCACAGUGGCUCCAAGAGGCUGCAGCACAUCGCUGGCAUCAGUGAGCCCUUCUACUGGGCUGUCAACUUCUUCUUCGACAUGGUUGUCUAUCUGAUCCCUGUGACCUUGACUGUUGCUGUGAUAGCAGCCUUCCAGAUUCCAGCCUUCACAGAUCGGCAAAAUUUGGCUGCCAUCACUCUACUUCUGGUUCUCUUUGGGUUUGCCACCUUCCCUUGGAUGUAUCUGCUAUCUGGUGUCUUCAAAGACGCAGAGAUGGCCUUCAUCACAUUUGUCUGCAUCAACCUGUUCAUCAGUGUCAACACCGUCUUGUCCACCUCCAUCCUCUUCUUUCUGAGUCAAAUUUCAACCAUCAAAGCGGAGGUCGUUUUAGCCAUCUUCAACCGGCUGUGCAACGCCUUCCUCAUCUUCCCCCAGUUCAACUUUGGUCACGGGAUGAUGCAGCUGGCCAGGAAGAACAUAGAGGUCCAGAUCCUCAGCGGCUACGGGAUCGACGCCUAUCAGAACCCGUUCUCCAUGGACUCAAUGGCCUGGUUGUUCAUCUCCUCUUUCAUACAAGGCGUGGUCCUCUUCAGCCUGCGUCUCCUGCUCAACAGAUUCAUCAUACGCAAAGUCAGACAUCUCAUCUGUAGCAGAAAGACGGUCUCCCAUGUGGCACCUGAGGACGAGGAUCAGGAUGUGACAACUGAGCACCUACGGGUGGCGAGUGGAGCAGCCGGCUCAGACAUACUCCAGGUCAACCAUCUCACUAAGGUCUAUCAGAACUUCAGCACGAAGGUCCAAGCUGUCAAGGGUGUGUCUGUGGGCAUACCUGCAGGAGAGUGCUUUGGUUUGCUGGGAGAGAACGGAGCAGGAAAAACGACCACCUUCAAGAUGCUGACUGGAGACGUUAGCCCAACUGAUGGCACAGCUCAGAUUAGGGAUCGUGAUGGGCGAUUGGUAGAUAUCAUGGACUGCCGCCACCAGGGAAUUAACAUCGGCUACUGUCCCCAGGUAGAUGCCCUGGACAAUCUGCUCACCGGAGAGGAGCAUUUGUACUUCUAUGCUCGCAUCCGAGGCAUCUCAAAGAGGGAGAUAGACGGGGUGGUGAGAUACCUGCUGAAGAGGCUGGAGCUCAACUACCACAGAAACAUCACCACUGAAGGUUACAGCUGCGGCACCCGCAGGAAGCUCUCCACAGCGUUGGCUCUCAUUGGGCAUCCUCAAAUCCUGCUCCUGGACGAGCCAAGCUCUGGCAUGGACCCUCGUACCAAGCGUCAUCUGUGGAAGAUCAUCUCUGAAGAAGUGAAAGGAAAAUGUGCUGUUGUUCUAACCUCUCACAGCAUGGAGGAGUGUGAGGCGCUGUGCGGCCGUCUUGCCAUCAUGGUGAAAGGUCAGUUCCGUUGCCUGGGCUCCCUGCAGCACAUUAAGAACAGGUUCGGCAGCGGGUUCACUGUGAAGAUGUACUUGGCCGAGGCCUCCUGCAACGCAGAGGCAAUCACUGGCUUCAUGCAGCGCAGAUUCCCCAGCACUUAUCUCAAGGACCAGCACUCCAAUAUGGCUGAGUAUCACGUCCCUGUUGCUCCAGGAGGGGUGGCUGACAUCUUCGACCAGCUGGAGUCCAACAAGAAUGCUCUGCAGAUCAAACACUUCUCUGUGAGCCAGACCACACUGGAUGAGGUCUUCAUCAACUUUGCAUUGGAAAAGUCGGACAUGGAAAGCAUACCGAUUAAUGACGAAGGUGACUCUGACAGAGACAGCCUGGGCUCCAUCAAGGCAGUGGAAUCCUAGAGCUGACUGCCAUCUUUUCUUUGUCAUUUUAUUUAUGUCCAAUUGAAUGAAAUGCAAUAUCUGUUUAUAAUAAAUCUACCCCCAGUCUCCCCUUGAUAUGUGAAAAACAAGUGUUUAAAUCAUUCAUGUUUAGAAUAUACUAAUUGUCUCUUUAAAAUGUCAACUGAUCAUAUGAAGGAUUACUUUGCAGAGGUACAACAUUUACAUUUGCAUGAAUGGACAGAUGAGCAAAGAUGAUGAAUUAAAGCUUUGUGUUUAUAUUAAAACAGGGUACUAUAGCUAAUCAAAAACUUUUUAUUUCACAUCUUUUUAUAUUCAACUUUAAUUUAACAUAAUCCGUAACUACUCACAUGCUGAAUACAAAGCAUGUCUAAAGAAGAUUUUUUUGUUUUAGGUACAUGUAAUUGUCCCUUAUAGAUGAAAUUAUGAUGAAAAGAAUGGACUAAAUAUUUACUGGACUUUUUCUUGCUUUCGGACCCCUCAUAAUGCCUUUUUUUUAUUAUUCUAAUAAAGCAAUUUUUCAGAAGCAA